AUGUCUUUCAUGGAUGCUUAUGUGUCUGUGAUUUUGGACCAGCCGCUUGGUUUACCAUCCUGCUCAGGUGCAGGAUGUUUUAGUCAGACACCACUUGACUCACAGAUGGCCAUUGGCUCGCAAUCAGCUCACGUGUCCUUUGGUAAAUCUUGUUUUGGCUUUCCUGGAGUGUUCCAUUACAUCCUCCAGACCUGGCUUAGUCGCCGUCCACCUGACCAUGAAACAGACAAGACAAUCAAAGCAUUGACAGGGGAGAACAAAGAUUAUGACGAUCAGCUUGAAGCAAUCACUGAAGCUCGACUUAAAGAGAAGGAGAAAGCGAUACAGAAGACUUUUGACCAAAAAGAACAGUUACUUCAACAAGCUCAGCUGACGCUUUCAAACAAAUUGGGUGAGGCUGAGACCAAAGUUGUCACCCUACACAGUGCCUUAGAAAGUGCACAAGCUGAGGUGUUAGAAUUAAAAUCGAAAUAUAAUGAAGUGGAAAAAACAAAAUGCAAUGAAAUGGAGAUGGUAAUCAAAGAUUUGCAAAGUGCUAAAGAACGUACAGAAUCGUCUGAACGUGAGGUUGAACAGCUUCGGCAGCAGCUAGCAUCGGCGACUCAGAACUUACAUCAAGUGGAAGAAAUGGAGAAAGCUACAGACAUGGAACAGGCUGUGGAUGUAUUGAAACAGUCCCGACUGGAGGUGGAACUGGCCGCCAAAGAUAAAGAGAUAAGUCAACUUGUGGAAGAUAUACAGAAACUACAAGCUACAUAUAGCAGCUUACAAGAAUCAACGUCAGCUCGAAUCUCCAAGCUAGAGUUGGCCAUCAGCAGGAAGAACAAGGCCUUCCAUCUCCUGGAACUCAAGUUGAAAUCAAAGGAAGAAUUUGAAGAGUUACAGCAAAACCUCAGUUCAAUGAAGUCCUCUGAGUUCACCGAGCUGUGUGACGAUGAAGAGUCAUCGUCUCCAACGUCUGAAAGGUCUCUCGAGAUGUUGUUGUUGCUGGACAAAGCCAAAAGUGAACAUAGGUCCACACCAACGCAGCAGCAAGAUUCUGACUCACAGCCAUUAAAUUUAACAGAAUCUGAAAAUUCCGUCAACAAUACCAAUUCAAAUACUCUUGCCAAUACAGAAGCAUUUUCUACAAUGCUAGGGGAGCAAUCAGUUACGUCUCACCAACAGCACAACUCGUCUGGCCCCGGUAAUCCGAGCACCCCAACAAGUAACGGACUACCUCCACCUCCUCCUCCUCUACCCGUUGAAAACCACCCACCUCCCCCGUCCCCACACAACAACAACAGCAACACAUCCAAUCACGUCCCGUUCUCCCCUCCACCCGCCACCACCACCACCACCACCACCACAAACUGUCAAAUGCCACCGCCAUCGUCUUCGUCAUCGUCAUCGCAAUCAUCGCAGUCAUCGCAGUCGUCGUCACAGCAGUCUUCGCAGCAGUUUCUCAGCUACGGCAACGGACACUCGCCCACCUCACACCACCACCACCACCACCACUACAUGCCUCCGUCGGUGGUCGUGAAACAGGAGCAAGGUGUCGGUGCCACUGCAAACUCCUCCAAUGGCAAAAACCAAACUCUGGACACUAGUGGGGUUGCCAAGACAAUUCGUGAGGUGCUAAGUAUGCACAACAUUGGUCAGAGACUCUUCGCCAAAGAAGUUCUUGGGUUGUCUCAGGGAACGGUCAGUGAGCUGCUCUCCAAACCGAAAUCUUGGGAUAAACUGACAGAAAAAGGCCGCGAAUCGUAUCGGAAAAUGCAUGCUUGGUGCGCUGACGAAUCUAAUAUUUUAGCUCUGAAAGCUAUUUCACCGAAAAAAAGUAUAAAAAAGCAGCCACCAGAUAGUGUGUUAAAGGAAACUUAUACGAAGCCAGCUGGAUCUCAAGGUUUGAUCACUAGUACUCAGAGGGAAGAUUCCGCUACAGAAGAACGCAUCAACCAAAUUCUGAGCGCUGCUCAACACGCCAUGAAGAUGAAGUCAUCGGAACAUGGUAAAUCUUUUUCUGGUAUACAACAUACCAGCCAGCAACGAUCACCUUCCGUCGUACAUGACUUGACCACAAAUUUAAGUCACCCAUUGCAGGUGUCUACACCCGUACCACUUUCUGCCGGAUACAAGGAACACUCCAAGAACACUGUGUCAUCUUCCAAAAGUUCAUUGACCUCCACAAAUGGCACAGCGACAAUGAACUCAAUCGGUCGGUCUAGUCCUUCAGCUGUCUCUGUGAACUCUUCUCGAAGUCGCAGUGAAUCUGGUACCCCAACCGAGCGUAAACACAGUCACAAGAACAUCUCUUCGCAGAAUUCCUCUUCCAAAGAGCGCGAGAUGGCUGCCAAAGAAAUGGUGACCCGCAUCUAUCGCGAGGAGUUGACAAAGCUCGCUCAGGCAGCAGAGAGCGCCGGUAACGUGGCAGCAAGUACAAUGUACCAACAAGAACUUGCUCGUAUUGCACAGAACAUUCACCGAAACACGCCGCAGUCACAGGAAAGUUUCCAUCAGCAGGAUAAAGUGAACAUCAAAACAGAACCACCGGACAAUUCUUCUGAAGAGAAUGCGUCUCAGACAAAUGGUCCAAUCGAUCUUAGUAAACCCCAUAGCGCGCCACAGACACCAACAACGGAAGCAGCAUUUGCCGAUAGCACCCGACAUUCAGGAAGUGCCUUUUGCCUGGUUCGGCCACGUCUUAAUGGCCAGGACAGCUAUGAGCCUUCAAGAUUCUCUUCCUAUUUGCCUUCCGACUGCUUAUCACCUUUGCAGCGAAUGCAAAAUAUUGCUAAUUCGUUAACCACUCGAUCUCAUGUUGGCACGCCAUCCACCAAACCCCUCAAAGCUGUUUUGCCACCAAUAACUCAAGAACAGUUUGACAAAUAUUCCAAUAUCGACACCGAUAUUCUGGUGAAACAGGUGAAAGAAACACUCAGUCAAUACUCAAUCAGCCAAAGGCUAUUUGGUGAGAAUGUUCUUGGACUUUCCCAGGGUAGCGUUAGUGAUCUACUUGCAAGACCCAAGCCGUGGCACAUGUUGACACAGAAAGGUCGUGAACCAUUUAUUCGAAUGCAGAUCUUCCUUGAAGAUGGAGAGGCGAUUCCGAAACUUGUUGCUUCACAAUACAGAAUCCCACCGGAUAAACUCAUGCGCAGUAAUUCACAGAGUCAAGAGUCGAGUUCUUCUGAAUGUCUAAGCGACACCCACCUGUGUGCCUCUGCCGGGCGGCAACUUCAGUCGCCUCCUGUGCCGGCGAAAGCCAGCAACGAGGCGUCGUGGGCUGGCAGUGGAACGACAGGUAGUAGCCGCAGUGCGAGUCCCGCAACCGGCGGCUACCCCUCAUCGAUGUUCGAAAUAGCAGCGAUGACCUCCGAAAUUGACACGCUCGAGGUCACGAGCAAAGUGAAAGAGGUGUUGCAGUUUCACAAUCUGGGCCAACGGCUGUUUGGGGAAGCUGUACUCGGCCUGUCGCAGGGCUCGGUGAGCGAGUUGUUAUCCAAACCCAAACCAUGGCACAUGCUAAGUAUCAAGGGCCGGGAGCCCUUUAUCAAAAUGCAUAUCUGGCUAGUCGACCCGCACAAUACUGACCGUCUUAAAUGUUACCAAAAUGAGCUGAAAGAUGUUACCGACUACAAUAGCGUCGACUGGUUUGAACUGGUUCCUGCCUCUACUGUUAGUCAAUGCUCAAGAAGACGCAGGAGCAGCAUUGAUGACCGGUGCUUCGAUGCACCGAGUGCACCAAAACGUCCACGCAUAUUCUUUACAGAAGAACAGAAGGAGAUUCUACGUCAGGCGUAUGCGCAAGAUCCGUACCCCAAUCAAAACACCAUAGAAGUUUUGGCUAAUGAGCUGAAUGUUGGCGUUAAAACUGUUAUUAAUUGGUUUCACAAUCAUCGUAUGCGCGCCAAACAGCAACAGCAUCCUGCGAACAGUAAUUCCAACUCACAGCCUGAUGGUUCGUUUAGCGUGAAAACCGAACCAAACGAGGAUAGUUCGAACCAUAGUGAAAGCUCAAUCAUUUCCGAGACGACCCCAGAGAGGAGCAGCAGCGACGGAGGUCAGUGGAUCUUCCCUAAAUUCGAACCCAUUCAGAGGAAGCUGUCUUCGGAGAAUUCGGUCGAGGCUGAGGAGGUGAGCGGCGGAGUGAGAGAGAAAGGGAGUGACGAUUCCUGCCAAAACCAGAACUCUGUCGGUAAACCUCCGGCCUCCAAGCUGAACAACAACAGUAACAGUGGAGGUGGUAGUGGUGGUGGUGGCAGUAGCAGCGGCUUGCAGCCAACCUCUAACACGUCCGUUGUAAACAAGCGGAAACGCGCCAACCCUCAGUGGGUCUUCGAGGGGACCCAACUAGACAAAACCCAGAACCACGAAAACUUCAAGAGCGAGAAGAAGUUGAGUGCCGACACCGUUUCCAACAGGGACAUUGAAGAGCUCGAUGCCGAGGAGGAAUUCGAACCGUCUGCGUUUUCCGACCGAGCCAGCAAAAUACAAAAACUCCAAAAGCGUAUCUCAUCUGCUGAUGAGGAUUGGGAAGAGUUUGACCGAUUUGCUAGUAUUGAGAAAAUACAGAAAAACCUAACUGCUAUCCAAGACGAUACAUGGGAGUUUUGAAUUACAUAAAUUUGGAUUGUUACCGUUUUACACGAGGAAACCCAUACCUGCUGUGGAUCAGUGUAUAUGCAUACAUGAUGCUG